AUGGACGAGGAGGGUUUCCUUGGCCGUGCGGAUGAGGUGGUGGUGGUAGAUCUGGUGGGCGGUGCAAAGCUCGCGCGGACAAGGUGCGGCGCAAAGCUCACGCGGGUCCGAGCUCAGGAAGGAGGAGGAGGGGGAAUGCGCGCGGGUCCCCACUCGGGAAGGAGGAGGAGGGGGAGUGCGNUUCCUUGGCCGCUGCGGCGGAUGGUCGGCGGCGCAAAGCUCACGCGGGGAAAGAGCGGCGCAAAGCUCACGCGGGUCCGAGCUCAGGAAGGAGGAGGAGGGGGAAUGCGCGCGGGUCCCCACUCGGGAAGGAGGAGGAGGGGGAGUGCGGGCCCCCCUGCUGCUUCUUCGCUUGUGGUGGUUGGGGGCGGUAUGGCGAGGCGAAGGGGCGAGGCGGAGAAGGGAAGUGUUGGAUCUGAGCUGGGGUAUGACAUGUACUCGUUUUGGGUGUUAGGAGUGGGGGCUGCAUACAGGGUGCACUCUUCUAAGUUAUGUCGGAUGGUCUUGUCGAUGGAAAUAUCAAGGCAGAUGUUUCAACUUUUUGUUGGUUUCUUUGUUAUUGUGUGCAAAUUUGUCCCGACUCAUCAGGUGUGCGAUUUGUAUUGCGGGGUUGGAGCAUUUGCGGACAAGUGGGACGACGCCCAAAUCGGGCACUUCAUUGGAAUUGACCCUUCUGCAUCUGGUAUAAUUAGCGAACCUCGCGAUAUAUGUGAGAGCCAAAGGAAGCCUUACAUUGCCGAUUUCUGUGAUCUGGACCCUUGUACUAGUGAUUUAGAGAUCCAAUUGCAAGAUAAGGGAAUUCCAGCCGAUAUUGUUUGCUGCUUGCGUCAUUUGCAGUCAUGCUUUGAAAGCGAGGAAAGAGCCCGAAGAUUUCUCCACAAUGUGUCCUUGUUGUUAAAACCAGGCGGAUAUUUCUUCGGUAUAACUCCUGAUUCAUCCACCAUAUGGACAAAGUAUCAAAAGAAUGUUGAAGCUUCACAUAACAAGGGAAGCGGUAUGAAGCCAACUGCAGUCACAAAUUGCAUACGUUCAGAAAACUAUGUUAUUACUUUCGAAGUUGAGGAAGAGAAGUUUCCUUUAUUUGGAAAGAAAUAUCAACUAAAAUUUGCCAAUGACAUCACAUCUGAGACCCAUUGCUUAGUGCAUUUUGCGAGCUUUAUUAGAUUAGCAAGAGAAGCAGGUCUUGAGUAUGUGGAGAUCCAGAAUUUAACAGAGUUUUAUGAUGAUAAUAGAGCACAAUUUGCUGGGAUACUCUCUAGUUAUGGUACCAAUUUGGUGGAUCCCCGUGGAAGACUUCUUGCUCGAUCCUUUGAUAUACUAAGUUUGUAUUCUAUAUUUGUAUUUCACAAACCUGAUCCAGAUGUCAACCCCCCAAUUCUGACCCCAAAUUUACAAGAUGGAAACCACAUCCAGGAAGAUCAUGAAUGGUUGGGGAGUAGCCGGAGGCAGCAGGCCCCUUCUUCAAUAGACGAGGAGAGACCCGAGCAUACAGAAGCAAACCCGGGAACAGGAAAUAUUAUUACUACGGAGUACGACAAAGGGAUUUUGGGCCCUGGUCCAUCAGAUCUGAGGUUCUCAGACCUGAUUUAAUGCUCCUGCUCUUGUGAUUCUUGUCUGUCACUAUCACCAUUUUGUAUCAAAUACCUAUAUAUAACUACUGCUGCUUCUUCCACAUUAUAGGAACGGCUAGUAGUAGGUCUUACGUAAUACCUAAUUAUCGUUUCAUCAGACAACUUAAUUUUAAUGAUGGGUUAGGAGUUGUCUUAUGUAGUUAUUAAUCAAACUUGGAAUUAAAUGAGAAAAUUGGACUGGAAAGUGACAACAGUUAAAGAGACUUUGGAUUUUGGAUA